UAAAGAGCACCAGAAAAUACAUACCAGUGUGGCGGCUCAUAUGUGCUUUGAAUGUGGAAAGAUCUUUAUUACAGCCGGCAACUUCAAUCAGCACCAAAUAAUUCAUACUGGGGAGAAACCAUACAAGUGUUCACACUGUGAAAAGAGUUUCACUGGGUCAGAACACCUGAAAACACACAAGAGAAUUCAUACUGGAGAGAAACCAUACAAGUGCUCACACUGUGAAAAGAGUUUCACUCGGUCAGAACACCUGAAAACACACAAGAGAAUUCAUACUGGAGAGAAACCAUACAAGUGCUCACACUGUGGAAAGAGUUUCACUGAGUCAGAAUACCUGAAAACACACGAGAGAAUUCAUACUGGAGAGAAACCAUACAAGUGCUCACACUGUUGAAAGAGUUUCACACAGUCACAAAACCUGAAAACACAUGAGAGAAUUCAUACUGGAGAGAAACCAUACAAGUGCUCACACUGUGGAAACAGUUUCACUUGGUCACAAGACCUGAAAACACACGAGAGAAUUCAUACUGGAGAGAAACCAUACAAGCGCUCACACUGUGGAAAGAGUUUCACACAGUCAUAAAACCUGAAAACACAUGAGAGAAUUCAUACUGGAGAGAAACCAUACAAGUGCUCACACUGUGGAAACAGUUUCACUUGGUCACAAGACCUGAAAACACAUGAGAGAACUCAUACUGGAGAGAAACCAUACAACUGCUCUUCAUGUGAGAAAAGUUUCAUCUCAUUAAGUUUUUAACAGAAACAUGAAAAAAAGGUUUGCCCACAUAGUCACAGUGAGUAAGAAUCAUCUUCUGGUCCAACGAUAUCAAGUAAAUAGUGAUGAUAAAUCCAAAGAUUGAAUUUCACUGUAAAAAAUAAUUUUGACAUUUAGUUGUAUCAAGGUGAUAUUU